AUGGACAGGAUGAUUGAAGAAGUAGUAAGGAGGAAAACACGAAUGUCUAAUGAAAACCUCAAGGCAUUGUUUAAACAGAAGAAGCCUGAUGGACAAGAAUCCGUUUCAAAGAUUGAAGUCGAGUAUGAGUUUGUAGUCAAAGUUGAUCCCACUAAGUUUGCAUCAUGCCCUAUUAUAGAGGCUGGGAAUGAUUACUACUUCUGCACUUUUGAUGGAAGAGACUUAAUGUUUAACCCUAAGCAGGUGUCACCUUAUAUUUUUCUUCCAUUUCCUCUACGUAAAGUAAUAUUCCACAGAAGUGGAGACAAGAUGUAUUUCAUAACUUUAGACACAUCCAACAAGCUCCAAUAUUCAUUGUUUAUUAAUGGGUAUCCUGCCGAAGAGAGGAGUGUGAUUUCAAGAAAUGUACUUCAAGUCACCAGGCAGUCUGGUAAAGUCUUCUACAUUUCCACCAAGAAUGAGCUUCUGUACAUAAACAUGGUUGUGGAAGAUGGAGGAGCUCUUAGAGGACGAAUGUGCGUCUCUGGAAUAAAAUCGAAGCUUAACAUCAGUAUUUUCUAUGUUAAUUCGAUUUUAUUCAUGAAUGUUGAGUCUAGGUUCCACCGAGAAGACGGAAAAGAACUUCCGGUUCAAGGAGACCAAAUGUGCGAGAUAGGAGGAAAGAUUCUUGUUUUGGAUGGAAAGGAGAAAGAACUCUGGGCUUUCUUGCUGGAUGAAGAGUAUAUCUUGAUCAGCCAACUAAAGAUCCCAGUGUCUAAACGUGUGUCUAAUGUAUUUCCGUUAGGUAAUACUGUAGGUGUAGUUGUAGGAGAGGUUUUGUAUUUGAUUAAUGAAUGCAAUGGAAAUCUAUUUGUGGAGAGAGAGGUUGAUCUAAAGACGUCUCCAUUAUAUAUAAGUCUUUGCCUCAAGGACAAUGUUGUGAAAAUAUCUGAAAUAAUAGCUGACGAGACAUCUUUUCCUAAAGAAGCUGAUGAUAUUAACACAACCUCAAAAGAUUCAGCCAAUAUUCCAGAUAGCCUUCCGGAGGGCAAUCCGGAAAUGAUGGAUAGCAUUUCAUUUGAUGGUGGAGACGUAAAAACAAAUAAGAAUGAUUCUCGGGCUAGUGGAAAGUUUCCUCUUCUUGAUAGCUCUCCUUGUCCAAACUUAUUCUUGGGGAGCCAUGAAGAAGGGAAAGAUGGACACAGGACAACGGAAGAAAAAAGCGUUCUAACUAAGGAAGAAUUUUCUAUGGACCAUUUUAGUCCUUAUAUACCUGAUAAGAGUGAUUGUGGGGAGAUUAAGUUCUUGAGUGAAAAGAUAGAUUCCAUCCUGAAGGUCCAAGAGAAAAUUGAGAAGAAGAUGGAUAGGAUUGAAAGAGACAAUAGCGAGCGGUUCCGAAAACUGAUAGAAAUAUCAGCUAGGCCUGGGGAAUCGCAAAGGAAUUCAGGAUCACAAGAGUUAUCUGGAGGGGAACUGGAAAGGAUAAUAGGAAUUUUGAACGGUCUCGAAUCCAAGCUUAAAAGUGAUUUAUCUAACGAGUCUAAGAUUUUGGAUUGUGUUAAGAAGAUUAUUCUUGGGACCUUAGUGCCAGCAGUAGAAGCAGCAAUGGAUGAAAUGAGGAUCCAGGUGAUCAAUGAGAUAAGGCUUAUUCAUAAUGAAGAUCAUCUUAAAAAUGUUAAAAAAGCCGUGGAUUGCCUCCAUAGUUCCUUUAAUAAGCAGAACGAAAUCAAAGGGCUUAUUUCUGAAGGGCUGAUUGAGGAGGCAGCCGAGAUUGCCGUCAAGGGAUCUGAGUCAAACCUGGAGACCUUUGUUUCCAAUGUUGAAAUAUCUUGCUUAGAACAUCUCGCAUCUUCCAUACUUGUUGCUCUUCUUGAAAGAGUCCUAGUGAUGGCUAAAGACGAAUUUAAGCCCGUCUACCAGAACUUUGCAUACAUGGCAAUGAUGUGCUUGGAGCCCAAUGACUUAAAUGAUGAGGAAAUCCAAGUCCUGGAGAUUCUAAUGGCAUACAUCAACAACAUUGAGGACUUUGCACUCAAUGAUACCAAGGGAUUGUCAGUUCUUCUAGAUUUUCAAAGACUUAAGAUAAACAAACUUAAGGACAAAAGAGGAAUCAGAUGA